AUGAGUGUCGCCAACUGUCGCUCCUUCCUAGGUGGAUCCUUCGGUGCGUUGUGUUUGAUUUGGCCAUUUCCCACAAGACAACCUAUCACGCUGGAGGAAGAAACUAGAAACCUCAUGAAGGUAGCCUACGCUCAGAUCCGUGAAAACCAUUACGAGGCCGCAGAUGCUACUCUCCAUCAAAUUCUUAAGUUAUUGACUGAUGCUUUCCAUGCCAGCCAUAUUUCACCUAGUGAGCAUUCGGGUCGGCGUGCACGUGUCUUCAGCGAGUUAGCCAACCUCCGCUUACUUCAGCGCAACUACACAGAUGCUGAGAAAUUGUUUAUCGAAACGAUCCGUUCGUCUAUUGCUGGAGGCAUGGAUCCCGACGACGCCUGCAUUGUGGAGCUCUCUUUAAAGCUGUCUUUGAUUUACGACAAGCUAGGCGAUUCGGAAAAAGCUCUCUUAGGAUUCAAACACUGCUUUGAAGUGCAGCUGAAAAGGAUGGGCAAGCUAAAGGAAGCUCGCGAAAAACUAGUAGUUGCUCUUAAAUCCGCGCGACGGAUCUAUGCACCAGAUCACGAAAAUUGUCUUCAUCUCCUCGCAGAUUUGGCAAGCCUUGAAAGCCAAAUAGGUAAUUUUAAUGCCGCCUUGGACCAUCUUGACGAAGGUAUCCGUUUGGCCGAACAGCACGAGACAUCGACUGCCCCACUGAUUCGCCUUUUUUGCAUGCGUGCGGUGAUUGAGGGAAACAGGGGCGAAUUCGCCUCAGCAGCAGACUGGUUGCAAAAAGCUCACAAAAAGUGCUCUGAACUUGGAGAACAAAAAGAACGAGAAGCCUUGAGAGAGGAGGUCCAAGCUGUUCGAAAAAUGAUAGACGCUUGGGAUGUCGAGGCUUCAGUGUAA